AUGCUUAAACCACGGGCAACAGCCACCCGUGAGCUUGUCUCCUUGGACGGCAUCUGGAACUUUGCGCUCGGUUCUCUCGAUGAUCAAAUAGACACAUCCUGGACUCAGUCCCUCAAUCCGGAAUUGCAAGUUCCUGUACCUGCGAGUUAUAACGAUAUCUUCAUUGACUCGAAAAUCCGCGAUCAUGUAGGAUGGGUUUAUUACCAGCGUUCUGUGAGGGUGCCCCGGGGCUGGGCAGGUGAGAAGUACUUUCUCCGGGUAGAUGCAGCCACGCAUCAUGGCCGUGUCUUCGUGAACUCGCAACUAGUGGCUGAACACAGCGGUGGAUAUACUCCAUUUGAGGCAGAUAUAAGCCAUUUCGUCGCUGCGGGAGCGGAGUUUUGCCUGACAAUCGCCGUCAGCAAUAUUCUCACCAACGCUACGAUUCCACCAGGGAAAGUUGAGACCCUGGCUAAUGGGAAACGCAAACAGCAAUACCAGCACGACUUUUACAAUUAUGCUGGUCUUGCUCGAUCGGUAUGGCUGUAUUCGGUCCCACAAGUUCAUAUUCAAGACGUGACAAUCGUCACCAACGCCUCUCAGACGACUGGUAUCGUGGAUUAUCAGGUUACAGCAAAUAGACCGAUACCCGAAAAUCGAUUCCACCUAUCAUUACUCGAUGAGGAUGGGCAAGUUGUAGCCCGGAGCGAAGGGUCACAAGGCCGCAUGCAGGUAGAAUCCGCUCAUCUGUGGCAACCUGGCGCCGCCUACCUGUACCAGCUUCAAGUCGAGCUCAUUCGCGGCGAUGGUCAUAAUGAAUUGCUUGAUACAUACACUUUGGCCACCGGAAUUCGCUCUGUGGAGGUCUCUGGCAUGCAGUUCCUGAUCAACGGGAAACCAUUUUAUUUUACGGGAUUUGGAAAACAUGAAGACACUGCGAUCCGUGGCAAGGGAUAUGAUCCGGCAUAUAUGGUGCAUGAUUUCCAGCUCAUGAAGUGGCUUGGAGCAAACUCUUUCCGCACGUCACAUUAUCCAUACGCGGAAGAGGUGCUGGAAUAUGCCGACCGUCACGGCAUUGUGGUGAUCGACGAGACGGCAGCCGUGGGGUUGAACCUGGCUAUUGUUGCUGGUAUUCAUGGAACCAAAGCCCCUCCCACAUUUUCUCCUAACACGAUCAACGAGCAUACCCAAGCUGCCCACGAAAAUGCUCUCCGGGAGCUCAUAUCCAGGGACAAGAAUCACCCUUGUGUCGUUCUAUGGAUGAUUGCGAAUGAACCGGCAUCUGGUGAAACUGGAGCCGUGGAAUACUUCGACCCCCUUGUCAAACUCACUCGAGAACUCGAUCCUAGCCGACCAAUUUGCUUUGCCAAUAUGGCUUUCAACCCUGUGAACCGAGACUUGAUUACUGAUAUGUUUGAUGUAAUCUGUCUCAACCGUUACUUCGGUUGGUAUAAGCACACUGGUGAGUUGGACAUGGCCGAAGAAGCAUUGUAUGAGGAGUUAUCCGGCUGGCAGGACAAAUUUGGCAAACCAAUGAUCAUCACCGAAUAUGGUGCGGACAGUCUGGCUGGAUUACAUGCCGUGAAUGACGUCCCUUGGAGCGAGGAGUAUCAGUCCCGCUUGUUAGAGAUGUACCAUCGAGUCCAUGAUCGUCUUGAUGCUGUUGUUGGAGAACACGUUUGGAAUUUUGCGGACUUUCAAACGACUUCCCAGAUUUUCCGUGUCAAUGGAAAUAAGAAGGGUAUAUUCACUCGAGAUCGACAACCAAAGGCCGCCGCUCGUGUCUUACGAGAGCGUUGGACAAAAUCGUCCUGA